AUGUAUGCUCCUAAUUACAAGUGUGAGAGGGGAAAGAAUGUGUUGUCUGUCGUUGGGGGACUCUCUAUAGAAACUUCCAUUCAUAUGGCCACCAUCUUGAGCACCUACAAAAUGCCUCAGCUCAGUUAUGCAAUACAUCAAACCACAAUCAGUGAAAAAACUCACUUCCCUUCUUUGUAUUGGAUGGCACCCAAAGAAACUAUCCUUCACAUGGGGAUAGUCCAUUUACUCCUGCAUUUCAGAUGGACAUGGAUUGGUUUCAUUGUUUCAGAUGAUGACGAUGGGGAGAGUUUUGCUAAAAUCAUGACAUCUCUUCUAGUCCAGAACGGCAUUUGUGUUGCUUUCACAGAACAUGUUCAGGCAAUGAACUAUCGCCAAUCUUGGGUUCCCUCUAAAAAUAUUUUUUUUAAAUUGAAUUUCUUACUUCAAUCAGUUGAAGACGUCAAUGUCAUUCUUGUCAGUGGAACUUCUCAGUCUCUGCAUCUCUUAACAAUAGUCAUAGAAUUCAAUGAAUUUAGGAGAAAAAUCCAUAUAGGGAAAGUGUGGAUCAUGCCACCACAGUGGGAUUUCUCUAAUACCAUUAGUACUAAUGGAUAUCCUACAAAAACCUUCCACGGUGCCUUUUCUUUCUUUGUCCAUACCAAAGUGGUGCCAGCAUUCCAGGAGUUUAUCCAGAAUUUAAAACCUGACAAAUCACUGAUGAAUUUUAUGUCUGUCUUCUGGCAAGAUGCAUUCCAUUGCCAGAUCCCUAAUGAAUACUACCAAUACUGUAGACGUUGUAGGAAAUGUACAGGAGAAGAGAAGUUGGAGAGGCUCCCUGGACAUGUUCUGGAGAUGGAACUCACAGGAGAGAGCUACAGUAUCUACAAUGCUGUCUAUGCUGUAGCACAUACUUUACCGUUGGCAAGGAAGACAGCUAUGCUGAAUAGAGGCAUAUUUAUGAAAUGGAAAGUUCAACCAUGGCAGCUCCAUAACACCCUCAGGAACAUUUAUUUUAAUAAUGGUGCUGGGCACGAGGUCCUUUUUAUGAAUGGGGAAUUGUCAGCAGAAGGAUAUGACAUUAUCAACUGGAUCAUUUUCUCCAACCAAUCCUUUGUUAAACUCAAAGUUGGAAAAAUUUCCCCAACGCAAGGGUUCUAUAUCAGGGAGGAUGGCAUUCAGUGGAACAGUAGAUUUGAAAAGAUGCUGCCCCAUUCCACUUGUGUCACGAGUUGCCAGCUUGGCUACAGCAAAGCCAUUCAAGAGGGUCAAUCAUUCUGUUGCUAUGACUGUAUUCUAUGCCCAGAAGGCAUGAUUUCUAACCAGACAGAUGCAUAUGAUUGUAUCAAAUGCCAUGAAGAUCAAUACUCAAGCAAAAAUAGAAAUCGGUGUAUGCCAAAGGUUAUAACCUUUCUAUCUUUCCACGAGCCCUUAGGAAUGAUAUUGGUUUCCCUCAGUAUUUUCUUUGUUGUUAUCACAUGCUUGGUCAUACAAACCUUUCUCAAGAACUGGAAUACUCCCAUUGUCAAAGCCAACAACAGGAAUCUCACCUGUGUUCUGCUCAUCUCUAUUCUGCUCGGCUACCUUUCCGCCCUUCUCUUCAUAGGCAAGCCUCAGAAGGUGACCUGCCUUCUCCAGCAAAUGACAUUUGGCUUCAUCUUCUCUGUAGCUGUUUCUUGUGUGUUGGCAAAAACCAUCAUUGUGAUCCUGGCCUUCCUAGCCACACAACCAGGGAACAAGAUGAGGAGAUGGCUGGGGCAAAAAGUAGCAAAUGCCAUUGUUCUUUGCUGCUCCCUCAUUCAAAUGGGUAUUUGCACUGUGUGGCUCUCCACCUCUCCUCCCUUCCCAAAUGCCAACAUGCACACAGAAACUGGGAAAAUUGUCAUAGAGUGCAACGAAGGGUCUGUCACCAUGUUCUAUUGUCUUCUAGGCUACAUGGGGCUUUUGGCCAUCAUCAGCUUCACUGUGGCCUUCCUAGCCCGAAAAUUGCCUGACACUUUCAAUGAAGCCAAGCUGAUCACAUUCAGCAUGUUGGUGUUUUGCAGUGUUUGGAUCCUCUUUAUUCCAGGCUAUCUGAGCACUAAGGGGAAAUAUAUUGUUGCUGUGGAGACUUUUGCCAUCCUGGCUUCCAAUACUGGUCUCUUGGCAUGCAUCUUUUUCCCCAAAUGUUAUGUCAUUGUUUUAAGAGCUGACAUGAAUUCAAGGAAAUGUUUGACAGAGAAAAGACAUUAA